AUGCUGCAGAGAGGCACAACCUCAACUUCCUCUCCUCACAACAACAUCCACCACAGCAGCGUUCUGUCUUCAGAUCAUCCACCGCAUUUGAUGGAUGCACCUGUAUUAUCGGCUAGUCCAAUAAGGAGCUCUAAAACUACACCCCUCAACACGAACAGCUUCAAUGGAGGAACACAGCAAGGUAACCCUAAUUCAUCCCGAAACACGUUUGUAACUUCCUCCACAUUAUUAAGAGAUGUUUCUUCUUCUUUGAAUGUUAGCACUUCUCUGAAUUUUGAAAUGAAUCAACAUGAUUUGGUGUUCAAACAAAUGGAAAGGCAAAGAUCGGAAUUGUACCAAAGAAUGCAAGAUAGAAUCCAAAGGGCCAAACAACUGGGCCAUAUUUGCAAAGACCAGAUUGGAUAUCUGAAAACUAAAAUUAUGGAUCUCGAAGAGAAAAUUAAUGAGGCCAACAACGAGCACUUCAGUAAGCAUAUUCUUCAAAUUGAUCCAAAGACUGCUCUCUCCACACUCUCCGAAGUUCUUUCUGAUGAUAGCGAUAGCGUGAGUGAUCUCUAUCGAGAAGACAACGAGAGUGUUCAAUUAGCUAAUCAGCUUUUGUUAGAUCAAGUCCAACAUUCACGUUCUCAAGCUUCUAAGGGGAAAAGUAUUCUCUCAAUGAGUCAAAUUGAAGAAGGUGAUGAAAUUACAAACUCCUCACCAGUGAUAAAACUUUCACCCAAUCAAUUGAUCAACAUGUAUUCUCUGGGCUCUCCUUCAAUGUCUGCACAAAGAGAAUAUGCUGAGUAUCAAAACAUUUCUCCAUUACGAGCUGGUGAGAACAAGCUUUGA